UUCUACAUUGAUUUCUCCUCCACAGUUCCUCUCCAUUAAUCUCCAUUUUUCCUCAAAUUUCGCUUCAAUGUUGCUGUCCAGAUAAUACAAAUUACAGGUUUUAUCGCAUAGUGGUCAGAAAUUACAGAGAAGAAGAGCUGUAGAAUACAACUGAGAUCAUUGGCUCUUUUCCUCCUCUAUUUCGUUAUUCGUAACAACAGAUUUGCUAACCGUGGAAGCAAAUUGUAGCGUGAUGCAGUAAACUAUCAACUCAAGUAAGAGCUAACGGAAAGCCACUGGUAUGGACAAUAAGAAUGGAAGAAAAUAGAGAUAAUGUGUCUGCCCAAGAAAGAACUUCUGAGAGAAAUUUGCAUCGUCGUACCAGAUAUGCACAGAUGUCACCAGAGAGAAAGCAAUUAUUUUUAUCCGAGCUAAGAGAAAAAAGGGCUGAGUCAAAAAGACAAAAACACCUUCAUCAAUCAAAUACUACUGCCGCUCUUACAAUCAGUAGUUCUUCAUUAUCGCCUCAGGAAGUUGAAGCUUCUGAAGCCACAAACCUACCAGUUACUUUAACUACAGGACAUCAUCAAUCAAAUAGUACUGGCGCCCUUACAAUCAGCACUUCUUCGUUAUCUCCUCAACAAGAGGACACUUCAUGUUGUAUGCGCCAAGAUUCAACUAUGGAGACAAGCAAUCAUUUAUUUGUUGAAUGUGAAUAUGCUACAAAAGUAAGAGAUACAAUAACUCAAUGGAUAAAAGUCAGUCUACCUACAAGAGGUUUCAAGGAAACAGUAGAAAUAAUCAAGAUAAAACAUUGGAAGAGUUUGAAGAAGUAAGUGAUAGCAGCUAUGUGGGGAGGAAAGCAAGAAAUUGGAAACACUUCAAAGGAGUACAUAUGCAGUAUACAGAGAUAGUGAACACAAUUAAUAGAGAAAUGGGUGAAACAAUAUUAAUGUUCAAUGAUACAAAAAAUCCAAGUAGAUGUAGUCGUUUUUUGGCAAAAUUGUGUAAUUACAUGUCUUUACUUUUCCUCAAUAUGUUGAGGUUUGGAUGAUUAUAAGUAUCUUUUAUGGUUUUUAUGUUAAUAAUAUUCACAUUGGUUGCCAAAAUA